AUGACGAUACUUUCCACCUUUCCUAUCUGUAGAGAUAUUACUAAUGCUGCUCUUUCUAUUCCUGUUGCAUCUCUAUCAUCUUUAUCGAAGAUUUUCUCUUCAUCAAAUUCCUGUGCUAUCACGAAAACAAGGAAUGUCGCAGAAUUAUCAACAUUAAUGUUGAUGAAUAUUAAAAAGAGAUCAAUCGUUUCUUUAACCCCAAAUUCUUUGUUAUCAUCGAUUUCUCUUUCAUCAUUUAACAAAACCAAUAAUAAUAAUGAUAACUGGUGCAAAUUGAUUCCUGUACGUCAUGCAUCUUACAGAAAAUUAAAGACGCAUACUGGCACUAAAAAACGGCAACGAUUAAGAACCGGUAAACAGCAUUUGAACACCGGCGUGUCGCGUAGUCGUCUCAGACGUUUACUGAAACCUGCAUUUGCAAAUAGAACUCAACGAUCUAGACUUUUACGAUUGAUGCCAUACUCAAAAACUAUCAAGAAAAUGCGUAGAUUAAGUCCUGUUGAGAUUUUUUCGAAUGUUAAUGCACGAUGA